ACGUGGGGGACCCGCUGCCGCCGUCACUGCGGGAGCCGGAGCCCGAGGGCGAAGGAGCCAUGUUCCUGCAGUUUUACCUUAACGAGAAGGGAGAUCGGGUCUACACCCUGAAGAAACUGGACCCCGCGGGCCAGCAGACCUGCUCGGCGCACCCUGCCCGCUUCUCCCCGGACGACAAGUACUCCCGCCACCGUAUCACCGUCAAGAAGCGCUUCGGGGUGCUCAUGACCCAGCAGCCGCGCACCGUUCUCUGAGCCCGCACCCUGGGGCCCCCAGCCCAGCCCUGCCCCCGCCGGAUCGCCCCCACUUCUAAGCCGGGACCCUGCAGACAACCGGACACGACCCCGUACUAUUAAAGGCCGAAAUUUCAAAUGUC